AUGUCGGGAAUAUACACAUGUAAUUCAUGCUCUAUUGCAUUUGAAACUGGUCAAGACCAGAGAAAUCACAUGAAGACAGAAUGGCAUCGUUAUAAUUUGAAGAGACGUGUGGCUCAAUUACCUGCUAUCUCUGAGCAAGUAUUUAAUUCAAAAGUUAAUAGUCUAAGUAAAGAUGAAUUACAGGACGAACAAAAGAAGAAGAAAGACGAUAAAAGACAAAUGACUAAGAAGGAUCUUAGACGUAAGGAAAAAGAAGCUCUAUUAGAGAAGAAAAAGAAAUUGUUGGCGUUAGCUAAAGAAAAUAUGUUAAAAAAUAUGGCUUUACAACAAAAGGUCGAACCUCAAACUACUGAAUCAACUACAAAAUCAGAUGUGGAAGAACCUGUAUUAGAAAUUAAAACAGUACCUACUGAUCAAGAGAAAGACAAAGAAUCACAAGUUGAUUCUGAAUCUAUUUCAGAGGAAAACCUAACAGAGGAAGAAUUAGCUGAAAGGUUAAUGAAACAAAAAUUAGAAUCUCAAGUAGAAAUUAAACCAGAAACAUGUUUAUUCUGUACAAACAAGACAUUUCCUGAUUUUGAAAGUAAUUUAAAACAUAUGUUUGAAAGUCACGGUUUUUAUAUUCCAGAACAGAAAUAUUUAACAGAUAAAGAAGGUCUAGUGAAAUACAUGAGUGAGAAAAUCGGUUUGGGUAAUGUCUGCAUCGUUUGCAAUUAUGAAGGUAGAUCUCUACCUGCAGUCAGAGCUCAUAUGUUGGCUAAAAGACAUUGUAAGAUACCAUUUGAAUCUGAAAAUGAAAGAUUAGAAAUAUCAGAAUUUUAUGAUUUCACUUCUUCUUAUCAAGAUUCUUACACAAACUCAUCAGUUGUACAAGAAAAUGAAGAAGAUUGGGAGGAUGUUCCAAGUGAUGAUGAAAAUGGUACAACAGAAGCUACAGAUGAUAAAGUUGAUGAAGAAGAAGAAUAUGUACCAGAAGAAUACUUAUAUAAUGAUGGUGUUCAAUUACAUCUACCUAAUGGUGUAAAAAUUGGUCACAGAUCCUUGCAACGUUAUUUCAAACAAAACUUAAAACCUGAAAAGGAACUUACUGAGGGUCAAGGUACAUUGGUCGCUGCAGAGACAAGAACUUUCCUACCAGCGUUUGACAAGAAGGGAUACCAAGUUCGCCAAAGAGUAUGGCAAACAGAAAACAAAGACAAGAAGAGAGAGGACAAAAGAGCUGCAAAGUUCGUCAACAACCAACCUUAUUACAGGGAUCAAUUACUACAAUGA